GCUGUGCGUUCACUCGAUCUCAAACUGCUGCCUCAUGCCGCGAAUGCAGGCAUGAGCCACCCUGUGGACACCGUCGUCAACACCGACUAGCUCGGCACCCCCGCCGGCCUUCCCUGACUCUGUCUACACGACGACGAGCCCGGCAUCUUGGAUGACGACGCUGACACACCCGGUUCACCCACUACCGCUUCCCGGGCCAUCCCGCGCUACUACCGGCUACCGAGAUGCCAGAUGUGUUACGCUAGGUUACCGUCUCGUAGACCCCGCCCUGACGCGCACUGUCUAGUUCGCGUCUCGAACACCCCACACUGUCUGCGUCUCUGGACGCGCAGCGCACCAGCAGCCCGCCUCUCCUCCCCGAUUUCCCGUGCUCUCGACGCACGCACCAACCCUCCAUACCGAGCUAACACCACCCGGCAUGCCGAAAAUGACGGAGAUGUGCACGGAGCCGACGUGCCCGAUGACGACGCCAGGACUGGACGUGGCCGCCCCGUCUCGCGUCGGGAAACACGCCGCUCGCUGGGAAGGGACAGAUUAGAUUGCAAAGGCAUUCGCGCACGGAGAGAGCUUGCGAGCGGAGAAGAUGCAUCACGACGAGCAACGAAGGAUACAUGCCGGCAAAUUGAAGACGCGUCGAGUACCGACGCACGACUGAGUCGCUCGGGGCCGGCGAUACGCGCAAGACGCAGCGCUACACAAGAGACAGCGUACAAGAGGGCACGUUGUGAGCUGCGUUCUGAAUUAGGGCGAGACACGUACCACGAGGAGUGCAGACGGCCGCGAGUACACGCGAGAACCUGCGGCAAAGACGUCUGCGCGCUAGGGAUUGCGGCAGUAGGUAGACGAGCGAGAUGAUGUUCGGGUGAGCAGCGCGCGGAACAAUUAGCAAGGAG